AUGGGUAAAGGUUUCCAAAAUUUUAUGUCCAAAAAGGACUUCCACCCUAGUGCGUGGUGGAAUUUAAAAAGAGUAUGGGAGGCGAAAGAAUUAAAAGCACAAAAGGAGAAGAAAGAAGAAGAAAUGAGAGUUCAGUAUCAGAAAGAACAGGAAAUGUUAAAUAAUAAAGCUCUAUUGGGAGAUGAAAAAGCUAAACUAGGAUUAUCUUUUAUGUAUGACCCUCCUGCCGGAAUGACUAAACGUGAAGAACCAAAGGAAGAACCGAAAUUUGAAUGGCAAAGAAAGUAUCAAGCUCCUAGAGAAGAAUAUGCUAAGAACAAUGAAUUGAUUCAGGAUCAGCCUUUCGGUAUACAGGUGCGAAAUGUUCGUUGUUGUAAAUGUCACAAAUAUGGUCAUGUUAAUACUGACAAAGAAUGUCCCUUAUAUGGAAUGAGCGGAAAUUAUGACGAUCCAGGAUAUGCUAACAACCCAUCAGAUUUGUUCAAAGAGCUCCGCAAAGGUCCAAUGCCUGCUCCAUCUAGGCCUACAGAAAAUUCAGAUGACGAGUGGACUGAGAAAACUCAGCUGGCUGAAGACAUGGAGGAGAGUCAUGGUUUGAAGCUGAAAGGAAAACUGCUUAAAGAAAUGCAGGAGGUUGAUCAGUUGAAGAAUAUGAAAGGACCAGUCAAGACAAAAGAGGAUAUGGUCAAAGAUUAUGUACAGAAUUUAUCUGCAGAUGAAAGGAAGAAACUCGACAAGAAGAUUCGAGAAUUCAUCACCGGCAAAACUGGAGAUAAGAAAGACAAAAGCAAAAAGAAGAAGAAGCAGAAGAAGGAGAAAAAGGAGAAAAAAAGAAAACGCAUGGAUUCUUCUAGUAGCGAUGACUCCGAUCACGAUCACAAGAGUACACGGAAAGAGAAGAGAAGAAAACGAAUGGACUCUUCGAGUAGCGAUGACUCUGAACAAGAUCGCAAGGUUUCACAGAAAGAGAAAAGAAGAAAACGAAUGGACUCAACCGACAGUGAGGAUUCAGUAAAAGAUCACAAAGAUUCACGGAACGAAAAAAGAAGGAAACGUGCAGACUCUUCCAGUAGUGAUGAUUCGGUGGAAGAUCGCAAGGAUUCACGAGACGGGAGGAAAAGAAAACGAUCGGUUUCUUCUGAUAGUGAUGACUCGGUAAAAGAUCGUAAGUCUUCUCGUGAUGACAGAAAAGGCUCGAAACAUGACCAUGUCCAUGAUAGAAAAAGUAAAGACUCAACUAGUGAACGUGAUCGCAAUCGGGACCGGGAUCGGGAUCGUGAUCGUUCACAUGCUAGUGGACGUGAUCGUGAACGUGAGCAUGAUCAUAGUCGUCGAAGUGCACGCGAUCGUGAUCGUAAAGCAACACAUGAUGACCACAGAAGUUCCAGAAGCGAAGGUUAUCAUGCUAAAAAAAGAAGAGGAUCAGACUCUCAUAGUGGGAAUGAUCACCGAGACUCGCGCGAUGAUAGAAGAAGUACCAGACACGAAAAUUCCCAUUCAAGAAGAAGAAGUAGAUCUCCUUAA